GUAUGUUGCGGCAUUGGAGGACUUUCAAGCAAGCUGUAGUGAAAAAAUUGGUGUGACGUGCACGCGAGAGCGAGAAGACAGCGAACUCCGUUUUUCCGUGGCCGUGCGUGCAAUGUCCCCGUGAUUUUUUCCUCAAAUUCGACAAGUCUUUUUUUUUCAUCGCCUACAAAGCUCUACGAAGAGGAGUAUCACCUGCUUGUAAAAAAACCUAGGACAAGAUAAUAUGCACCUAUGAAUCAGCUCAUGAAUGUCGUCGGGUUUUGUACAGAUAUUUUUUCGUGAAGGUACUGUUUUGAUACUAGUAUGAGUAAUCCUUAUCGCGUAAGACAAACAAGAUCAAGAGUAGAUCCAAGUCUCACUGGAUAUGGAGUUCAAAAUCCAUGGAAUCAAAAUGCUGUUCAAAGACCACCAAGUGUUGAUCCCAAUACAGUAUUCCAGCCUCCACCAGUUUCAUCAAGUCAAAUAACUCCAACAGUUAAUGAUUCUUGGGAGUGGAAAGGAGAUAAUGGUAACAAUGGCAAUGAUUCAUGGAACUGGACCAUUGAACAGCCAGAAUCUCAGUCACGUCCACAUCAACAACAGCAGCAUCAUCAACAACAUCCAAAACAAUCACUUCCCUCAAUGCAUGGACAAUAUAUUCCCCCAGCUUAUCAUAACCAGAAGCAACCUGUACCACCUCCCAGUCAAGACAACUUUUACAAAAACCUGAAUGGUAAUAACAAAUCUGGUGAUACUCCAAAUCAACAUGGCUCUUUGGACAGAGAAACUCCAAGGACUGUACCACCUCCAAAACAAAUGGAUCCUACUCCUCAAUAUUCCAAUUACAGUCACAAUCAGCAAUUUGUUUCUAAUCCGUCUCAUCCUCCUCGACCUAGUUCUAACUCAUCCUACUCUGGUCCUGUUGAACAGCCUCAGUGGCCUAAUGAACAGCAUAGCCAGAGCUUGCCAUAUGUGUCACCAAAUCAAAUACACAACCAAAAACAUCAAACUUCAUCUCUUCCACCUCCAAUCGCUGUGAGUAAUAUCAAUUGGAGCAACACAGAUCAACAGAAUGUUCCACUGCACAAUUGGCAGAAUAACACUGAAACCCCUACAUCUGGCUAUUGGCAGGAACAUACUGCUCCAAAGCAAGAUCAGUAUCCUGACAAUACAGCAAGCUCUUGGCCACAGCAGUCACAGCAUCAACAAAGCCAGCAAUCAUCAUCGCAUCAAGCUCAGCAAAGAGUCCCUAACUCGUAUCAACACCCGAUUCAAAACACGAUUAACAACGAUAAUCAGUCGAAAUUCUAUAAUCCCUAUCAUGAUACAUCGGUGUCGCAAGACAGCUGGCUGAUGACGAAUAAACAGUGGCCAAAGUGUAAUUCCGAAACUAUCACAAACGUUUUACCCCGACAGCAAUCGUUGCCCACGAACAACACCUGGUCUCAGAGUGAGGAAACCAACGCGUGGCAACAGUCUGGUAGCAUUCAAAAAACACAGUGGAGACAACCAAAACUCCAACCGGGUGGUUCACUCGAGGAGUCCGCUUUGUCUGAUCAUCAUAAGGGUGAAUGGCACCCAAUUCAUGCACCACCUUCACACUUUAAUUCCUCAACUACGUCGACUACCUCUGGUUCGCUGGCUAAUAUGUCAAGUAGUACCGAGCAGCUAGAAGAUCGUAAGAGAUCUUUGACUCCAGCUACUAGUAAUGCUUCUCUCAACGAUUAUCAGACCCACACUAAUACCCAUCAAGUUGGCAUUGCGGAGAACAAUAUUGCCAACAACGUUGAGCCAUACAACGCUCAGAAUAACGUUGAUCUUGACUGGAAUAACGACGGAGACUGGAACACUGUGACUGAUUUAUCAAAUAGUGUAAAUAAUUUAACGUUAAGUCUUAACGCGAAUUAUAGCCAGCAAGUAGACAGCUUACAAUCAGCGCCUCAGCCGCAAUCACCUCAUAAGGAGGAGCUGCAGCCAAAACAAAUAAAUCACGCAGCCAAUGACUGGAAUCGCCAGACAGCCACAGGAUUGAAGUCUGAUAACGUUGAAAAUACACCGGAUAAUGUACCGGUGUUAAAUGUCGAACAUAAUCAGUUGGAAAGUGUCACUGGGAUAUCACAGGAACUCUUCGAACCGCAAACUUCACCAGGUAGCAAGUCCACGGAAAAUGUGACACAAGCGAGUUAUGAUCAAUGGUACAAGCAAAAUGUCCGCGCACAGCCAGAAAAUGAAUUUUUCAGUAGCCAAACUACCAAGCAAUGGCAACAACAACCGGAACAGAAUGUCGAGAAUUACGAGAAUAUUCAACAAGGUACGGAGUUUGUUAAUCUUGAAGUCGUCGCACCCGAGAUGCAGGAGAGAGACAUCUAUGGUUCGCGUGACUCGAUCAAUAAAGAGACGUUGGACAAUGAUCAGGGGUUGAGACAAAGUAAUACACUGAAAGAAAGCGUGCAUCGCGGAUUUAGACAGGAACAGAACAAUAUUGAGGUUCCUGUUGUGCAGCAAAUUCAGCAACCUUUUCAAACAGAACAAGCGCCGGAUAAUUACGAGUUUGCAUCGAACGACAGAAAUACCUUUCUGGAGACAGGUGAGCUAACGGAUCCACACUCACAGGAACCGGCACAGGUUCCACCGAGUCAAGACGAUGAGAACGACGAGGUGCCAAACGACAUACCAUUCCUGCGUGAAGUGCCAGGACAGUCGAGUAACGUCGAUCCACGUCGUAAUGAUCCCACAGGUCAAGAACAGUAUCCGCAAAGUGUGGUUGUCCCAAGAAUGCCUGAUCCCAGAAGGAACGAUCCAUCCGGCCAGGAACAGCAACAACAUGUUACUCGAUCUAAUUUACUUGCCGAUAGAAUGACCGAUCGGAGAGAUAUGCCUUCUGGCCAAGAAAGAGCGAAACCCAUUCAGUCACCUCCUCCGCAACGCAACGCUGAGUUGGAAACAGUCGAGCGUAGAAACGAUCCUUCGGGACGUGAACGAUCCUUACCGCCACUACCACCUCCGCAACAAUCUCGCAAUGAACCUUCCGGAGAAGAGCAACGGAUUACACUUUCAAUAACUCAGCCAACACCACUAGAAUCAAGUGCAGUGCGCGAAAUUCCUGGUAGAGGCAAUGAAUCUGAAGAAACAAUUCAACAGCAGGAUAUUGAUAUUAGACAGAUUCCUGGUGGCGCAUCAUCUAACGAAUCUGUACAAAAUAUUUCCGAUGAUAGGAGUGGAGCUCGUGUUGUUACUGGAUCGCAGCAAGUUAAUGUUCCCAGUUCUCUGAGUACUACACAAGAUCUCACAGUUGAUAAUAGAAGUAAGAGAGAAGAAGCUGUUGGUGCUUCUAUCGUUGAAACUCAAAUCAGUGCUGGUAUGCCAAAUCGUAGAGAUUCUUACGAGGAUGGCGAUGACGAAGGUUCAGGCAAUAGUAGAGAUGAUAGCAGAGAUAGACAUAGAGAACCUAGCCCAAAACCUAGGCAUCCUCGUUAUGAUUAUAACAGAAAACAUACAUAUUAUGAUCGCGAUCGUGAAUUCGAUGAUGACUACGGUUAUGGUCGUCGUGGGGCCGACUAUGAUCGUUCUUACUACGAAGAUCUUGGCAGACGUGAUUCUUCAUUCAGAGACGACGAUCGCCGCCAUGCUAGUCGAGAUGAUCUUGAUAGAAAUGAACGCGAUCGCGAUCGUCAUUCGCGUGAAGAUCACGACAGAAGAGGUAGAAUAAAGCCAGAUGAACUGGAAGAUAGAGACUGUAGACGAAGACUUGAAGAGCGUAGACGCGACAGAUCAGCAGACCCUAGACACGUGGAGAGAAGUAGUCGAGAGUAUGAUCCGCGCUAUCCUAAAGACCUUAGGGAACGUGAUUACCAUGAGAGAGAAGGAAGGAGGCGAGAUGGUCGGGGUAGAAGAUAUCCUGAGUACGACUCGCGAGAAUCGUUUAGGUACUAUGAAGAUACUUACAAUAGAAACUCUAGACCGUCCAGUAGAUCUUCAUACAAUGAGAGAGAAAGAGAUCAUUAUUACAUGCGGCCCAGGGAAUCGUAUUCUUAUGGUUUCAGCAAUUAUUCAUCAUACGAAUAUGGACCCAACUACAAUAGCGACUACUAUGCAUAUUUAGAGAAUCUACGUAGAACUAAUCCCGUAGCUUAUGCUGAAUGGUAUCAUAAGUACAUGCAGCAUCAACAACUGUCGCGCAAUCCUGUUGCUAAUUAUCCAGAGGACAGAGCAAGUGUGCAUUCAGGGCGCAGUUCUUGUGAGGAUAGAAAUUCUAGUGAGAAGCGUAAUUUGACAGACGUAUCGUUACUUGAAGAUCAAACCACAGCUUCAUCAAGAAUGACCCCAACGAAAUUCUCUACAGCUCAUACAAAAGGCACAUUUUCUAUUGGUGCACUGAUACAUGUGCACCCGAGUUAUCCUACUGACGGUGAAAGAGCUAGAAUAGAUCUUUUGAAAAUUGAUGAGCUAUUCCAUCAAGAUUCAACGUUUCGCGAACUGCGUUCUUACCCUGGACCAUUGAUAAAAGGCGUCACACAUAAAAAGACGAUUAUCGAGUACUGCGAAAAUAAAAUAAAAAAAGCACCACUGAAUGAAGAAAUUUUCGAAGUAUCGUCAUAUGUUCUUUUGUACGAAUUAAUGAUAAUGCUUAUUCAACAAAAUGGGAAUGUGGUUGGAGUGGACAUUGCUUCGCUUCUGUUAAGAAACAAGGAGGCUUAUCCAUACGAAGCAACCAAGCCCAUGAAAGAACCAAUACGUCGAGAAUCUACAAUCUCUGAACGGUCUGGUGCUUCCGGUAGUGAUCGAGGUAUUACUGCCGAUACGGUUCAGUCGCUUGAAAAAGAAGAAGUGAAACCUAGAAAGACUGUAGAGCAGCUUACGGACGAAUUUAGGAAUACUUUAUUGUAUGGUUUAGUUCGAGAGGCUUUGGAAUUUGCAAUGGUUGAGGGCUUAUGGGGCCACGCUUUGUUUUUGGCUAGUAAGUUAGAUAAACGUACUCACGCGUCAGUAAUGACUCGUUUUGCUAAUAGUCUGCCAACUCAAGAUCCAUUACAAACUUUGUACCAACUUCAUUCUGGUCGCGUUCCUGCAAGUGUCACUUGUAUAUCUGAUGCAAGAUGGGAUGACUGGAGACCACACUUGGCGAUGAUAAUUUCCAAUACUUCAGCCAAUCCGGAGAUCAAUCGUCGUGCUAUUUCUACUUUAGGCGAUACUUUAGCUAGCCGUGGUGAUGUUUAUGCCGCUCAUUUCUGCUACAUUUUGUCUCAAGUAGAUUUUGGAGCUUAUGGUCAAAGCAAUGUCAAACUCGUUCUCAUUGGUGCUAAUCAUCACAAGCCUUACUCCGACUUCAUCAGUACCGAUGCUAUUAUGUUGACAGAGAUUUACGAAUAUGCUCGUAAACUCAGUGAACCAUUCACUCUGAUCGAAUUGCAGACUUUUGAGUUUAACAAUGCUAUCAAGAUGGUAGAUUAUGGCCUCGUGGAGAAAGCUUUGUUGUACAUUGAGCAAGUGGCUACCAACAUCGUCAGUGAGCCUGAAAAGUACAAACAGUCUUUCAUCAAAGACGUUUACUUGUUAGGUGAUCGACUGAAGUACCACGAUCCAGUAUGUAAAGAUUCAUGUGAGGAUGCUGUUAAUCUUCCAUGGCUGAACAAACUCGCAAAUAUCGUUGACAAGUGUGCUACCGGCGAAAUUAUUGAGAAUAAUUUCCACGCAACGAACACUGUUGCGCAAGGCACCAUCGAGUCAACUGAAUAUCAGCAAUCAAAGUGGAGCGACGAUUACAGUGUAGUGAACAGUAAUGUUCCAGUGCACGUAAAUCCUAACGUAGAAUGGCAAAUUAAUCAGCAAACCACCAGCGUACCACAUUCUUAUGGUCUUGCUGCUGAACCUCAAUACAACGACGAACCGGCCAACGACGUGCAGAUGCAUUAUCAGAAUUAUCAAGAUUAUUGGAUACAGCAACAGCAACAGCAACAGUCGUACGAUCAAGAAGAUUAUUCGCAGCAUACUAGUUUGCAGUAUGGCGCUGAGCAGCACGAAGAGCAUAACGAACAUCAGAAUAAUUGGGCUUUUAAGUCGUCGGACGAGAAGUCGUCAGCGGUUGUGGCGGUGACGAAGGCAGAGGCUGCCGCUCCAUUGGCAAACUCGACCGCAAGCCCAGUCGAACAGCAGCAGCCGCAACAAUUGCCACCACAGCCAAACGUCUCAAUGGGACCUACCGCUAAGAAGCAGUACGAUCCUUUGGAAGAGUUGGAGCAGAUAGAACCUUCGAAAUUCGGACCAGGUAAACCGGCGUCCGAGGGAAAAAAACCACAGGACAAAUCACAGGAGAAAAAAGCGACCAAUGGCGGAAGUUGGUUCGGUGGACUGUUUAGCAAGCUUGCGAUCAAGCCGAAGAAUCAGAUGAUAUUACCAGAUGAUAGUAAUCCUGCGAUCGUAUGGGAUCCAAUCCAGAAAAAAUGGAUGAACAAAGACGAAGAUGAAAAUAAUUCUGCACCUCUCGCUCCGCCACCAAAGAUGGCUGAUUUGCCAGGUUUCAAAUCAGCAGACUCGAUGAAUCAAAGUGUUGCUCCUCCAGCUAUUCCUGCUACUGUAUCUACAUUGCCGGCUACAAAUGUAAUAACGGCUAUAGGAGCCGAUGAAACUCUUGGUCUUAACGGGACGAAAUUGAUUGCUGGAGGCGGUGGCAAUAUGUAUAAGAUGAAUCCGCGUGGUAGAAAAGUGCGUACGAACUACGUCGACGUAUUAAACCCCGGAAGUGUCAAGAGUAGCAAUACCAGCUCCAGACCUAUACCCGCAAGUUCGCCGCCCGUACCGAUGGCGGCUUCUUCUCCUCAAUUUUUCACACCUACACCAGUUAAUGAUCCAAAUGCACCCGUAGACUUUUUAACACCAGCUCCGACUGCAGUUUCGCAGUCGAAUGAAAAUGCCCAAGCGCUCUCGCGCUGGAGCUCGACCAGCUCACUAUCACGAGAGGUACAGAGCUACACGAUGAGGGAUCCGCGGCUUCUUCAACGGGACAAGGGACCAAUGAUGUACAACCCCGUGGAGUUGAAGGAUCGAUCGACGAAAGCUCAAGCUCGCAGUAGAUAUCCACCACGAUAAGGAUCGAAGGAACUUCCCUCCGAGUACACAAGAGAGAGGAGAUAUUUACUGCCUCGUGUAUGUUCACUGCAAAGCGAUUCGAGGGAUAUGUUUCUACGUGUGUGCACGCGAAACAAUUUUUUACAUAGCUAAGAUUUUUUUAGACAAAUAGUUACGCAAGCACGCGUCAAACGUUCGCGGAUUGUUUUGAUACAUCUUUGUGCCACGUGCAUUUUUUUCUUCCUUUCUGUUUCGGGUUUAUUCUUUUGUCAUUGUUGUUCUUCUUCUUGAUGAUGGUAAGCACUCUUCAUUCCUAAUGUGAACAAGAGUACAACUUUUACAGUACGUGUUUAUUUUUUUGUUUCUUUCUUUAAUCUUUUGAAUAAAAAUAAUUAAAAAAAAAGCCAAACGCUUGGUCAUUAAUUAGGAUUUAUGCAAUUAUGCGCAAGCUGUCCGGACGAUGUUCAAGCGUUAUAUAUACGUGUGGAAGUCUGAUUUUAUACCCAACAAUAUCGUUAUGUAUGCUAAUCCACCUGGUUAUGUCGAUUUUGAUUUGUUCGAAAAAAAAAAUUGUGCUUUUCUUCCUUCGUGAAAAUGUGCUAUGUAAAUUGAAUUGGUUGGGCACAAAAGUAAAACGUGUAUUUUUCUUGUUUCGUUGGUGUUAUUAUCUUUCGAGCACGCUUGUUAACAUCCGACUUUCAUACUGCUUUUUCCCUUUUCGUUCACUUCGAGAAUCAAAAGUUAACGGCAUUGAAUUUCCACUUGUAGUUGAUAUAGGUUAUAAGUGAUAGAUGAAUUGAUAAAUUUGUACAUCGUUGCUCUGACGAAUCACUUUUGCAGACAUACUUGUUAGAUAAUAUAAAAUAGACGUUAGGAAAAAAUAUAAAGUUGAAACAUAUAUGCCAUUUGAGAAAUGCUUGACUCGGUGCAUUUCUCGAGAGAAAAUUCAUUGUUUUUAUGACUAUUCAACAUGUACGGGAAUCGAGAUAUCGUGAAAAAUUAUCAUCUACAUAAUAUAUUUUUUUCUUUUUAUUCUAGAUGUAAAGAAUAGGAUCAGCAUAUAUACAUAUCGACAGUCCUAUUCAAAAACUGUUAUUUCCAUAAAUAUAUUUUUUCGGUAUCUGUAUAAUUUCUAGUUAAUCAAUAUUUUCUUUUUUUUCAACAUAAUGUAAAUGUGAAGAGGGGAAACACAGGCGAGGAGCUUAUAAUAUCGGAAUUGACAAAAGUUUAUAUGUAUAUUAGUAGAAGAGAGUAUGUGAGAAUGAAGUUAUAUUAUCUGUAAUGUUGAGAAUUUUUGGUGACAUAAAUUUUUAUUUUAUUAUCAUAACUUUACAUGAGUAUCUACAUAAAAUAAUUGUAAAUAAGUAGCUAGAUUUCUUUGCAAUUUAGUUGGAUGAUGUCUUGUCAAUUUAAAUAUUUAAUCGACAGUUAACUGAUUGGCAGAUUUAGUUUCUAAUGUACAAUUGAGAGAAAAGUUAUUGCAAGAACGAUGUUUUAGAAGUUUGACGUAAAACAAAAUUGUAGACAAGUGAGUAAAUCUAAGAAAAUCUUGAUGAUUAUAUACUAAGUUUCUUAAAAUUUAUUUUGUUAAAUAAAGUGUCAAGUUGUAAAUAACAACUAUCAGUUAUUAAAUUAUUUCUGUGUCGAUGAAAAAUUAGUACUUCACGAUAUGAGUUUCGGAAUCUUUAGUUAAUGAAAAUGAUUAGUUUCGGUGAAUAAAAAAAAUGAAUCUAAAGGAAUAUUCCAGAUAAUAGUUUAAAAAUAAUGCACAUAAAUAUCUCGAAGAUUGUCAUUUACUCUUGUACCACUUAUCUACUCUCAAAGCUAAAUAUAAAUUAAAAAAUUGUGACGGUUGAUCAAUCUCGGUUAUUGUCCAACGAGCGAUAAAGGAAGCUUUAGCACGAAGGGUAAAUACAAUGAAAGUUGCAAAGUAAUAUGAAUAAAAGUAUGAUACGGAGAGAGAGAGAGAGAGAGACAGAGAGAGAGAGACAGACAGACAAAGACAGAUGGAUUUUGAUAUUGUGUGGCGUUAAAGUUGAACUGAAGUAUUAUAUUGAACUGUAUGUUAUGUAUAGGGAUGGUUUUAUAUAAGAGAUGUACUUUCGGCUUGAGAUGUAUAUAUCAUAUACAUUAUAUAAGAUGUGACGAAUACAGACGCACUCGCGGGCAUGUGUACGAGUGUCUAGUUGAGUUGCAAGCAUCAGUUUAAUAUCUGUACGAUUCCUGAAUAUAAGCUAAAUUAAACAAAAAUUUAAGAUAAUUUAA